CUUUCUGAUUAGAUAAAUAUCUGCGCACAAAUUACGAAAACCACCAAAAAGUCAUCCUCAUUCCUCAUUAAUAGCACAACUCUCGUGAAUUGUGUUUCAAUUUUCAUUCCAAAGUUUUUAGUUAAGGACGUGCAAAAUGUUGAAAUUUGCGAUAAUUCUUGCUGUGAUUGGUUCCUCCUUGGGUGGUCCUGUGGAGACUGUUCCUGAGGUUCCUGAAACUUUUGUACAUGGUGGUACAGAGGCACCAGACGGAGCUUUCCCUUGGACGGCUUCUGUGAGAGUGCACAAUGACUUUUUCCAAGGAGUUGUUAUCAAUGAAAAUCACAUCCUCACCGCAGCAUCUGUUGUCACUAUGGCAGGCAAUGCAAUUAACCACUUUUGGGUAAGAGUUGCAGCUGGUGAUCGUCAUAUUAUUGGAAGUCAUAUGAAUCGUGAGGAGCGCACUCUGAGUCAUCUCUUCAUUCAUGAUCUUUUUAACCAUCAAACUGGCGUGAACAACAUUGCUGUCCUACGUUUGGCUCAUCCUUUCCAAUUUCCACAUAACACCAUUGAGGGAGCCGUCCUUCAUAACCGUAUUAUUCCUGUUGGAACUAAUCUACAAUUCGCAGGAUGGCAAAUUCCUGUUGGGCCUCCAGCAGUGAGGCUCCUGAGGUCUUUCAAUUUACCAGUUAUAACUACUGAAGCCUGUACAAGUCCCGCACCAAACCAAAAUAUCAUCCUUGAUAAUCAGAUAUGCGCUGGACAUCUGGCUCCUGCACCACCUGCAAGUGUUUGCCAGGGCAACAUGGGUGGUGGCGUGUAUUUCAAUCGCGAGCUUGUUGGAAUUUUGGGCAGAGGAUUUGCAUGCGGUGCAGUUAAUAAUCCUGCCAUUUUCACCGAAGUCCGCUUCUACACUACCUGGAUCAAUCAGCAAUUUACUCGCACUGAUGUGACUCCACCAGGAACGACUUUCCCACGUCAAACACCUCAAACACCAUAAAUAACAUAUAAAAAAUCGCAUUUUUUUCAUUACAUUUUUUUUCUAUCUGGCAUUGUAAUAAAAGAAAACGAAUGAAAAUUCAUUUUUAUAAUUUCAAAUAAAAAUCGUUGAAUCACAUGAA